UUGAGUGCUCCCGUGGAUCACACACGCCCUUCAACCAUCUGCGGCUUGACAGAUCUCUUCAAAGGACGCCAGGAGAGAGGUGUGUCAUAAAUCCCAGUCUCAGCAUCUUACCUGGAGCAUUCGGAAUCUACCUCUGGAAGAGACAACACCACACCUGGCAAUUAUGAAGCAACUAGCAGUGGAUUUCUCUUUUGCGCUUCUUCUUCUGGUGGAUUUGGCUCUGGCUCUCGCAGCGCAGCCCUUCCCUGGGAUGCACCCAGACGCACUGCUCCGUGGGAUGAGCAGCAGCCCCAGACGCACCGUGCAUCGGCAUCGGGCCACCGGGUUGCCCCUCUACAUGAUGCAGCUCUACCGGACCAUGCUGACCGAUGAGCGGGCCAUGACCCCACCUGCCAACGUGAGCCACCACGCCGAGAUGGACGACAACCCUGCUCUACACGAAUCCGACUCUGUGAUCAGCCUUGUCGCUAAGAGCUGCCAGCAGAUUGGCAAGAGGUGGUCCAUCACCUUUGACUUGUCCUCCAUGUCUGCAAGCGACAACGUCCAACUGGCUGAACUCCGCAUCCGCCUACCUUCCUUCACAGAGUCUUCCCGAGCCUUAGUGGACAUCUACCACUCCCACAGGGGUCGUUGCUCCGGCAUGCACUGCCCAGAGAACAGACACUUCCUGGGCCGCCUGAGAGCUCAUCCCAGUGCGAUGGUCUCAACUUCCUCCUGGAAGGUGUUCAACAUGACGGAGAUGCUCAGUCGCUGGCUGCAGCAGGAACACUCCACACAGAGGGCAGAGGAGCAGGAGGUGAAGGAGGAGGAAGAGCAGGAGCAGGAGGGAGUCCAACACCCGAUAGCUGACCGAGUCAUGAUGGUGGUCUUCUCGAGGCAGUCCCUGGACAGCCAGCGAUCGCCAACACUCAUUCGCACAGCAGAGCACUCAAAGUACGUCAGCCUGGACAGGGAGCGGGCGACGGCUGGCUCCGGUUCCGAGACGAGGAGCCGCAGGGCCAAGAGGCACCACCAGACCCAGCAGCAGAGAGAGAAAGUGGCUGGAGCUGCUCCUGCCAGCACGGCCACACAGGAGGAGAAGGGUCCUCUCUGCAAGAAGGUGGAUAUGUGGGUGGACUUUGAGAAGCUUGGCUGGAGCGAGUGGAUUGUCUAUCCCAAACGGUACAACGCCUAUCGCUGUGAAGGGAGCUGUCCUACACCAGUAGAUGAGACCUUUACCCCAACCAACCAUGCAUACAUGCAGAGCCUGCUGAAACUUCACCACCCAGACAAGGUGCCCUGUGUGUCCUGUGUGCCAACACGCCUGGCACCGCUCUCCAUGUUGUACUAUGAGAACGGGAAGAUGCUCAUGAGGCAUCAUGAGGACAUGGUGGUGGAGGAGUGCGGGUGCCACUGAGAAUAAGACCUGAAUACCUUUAGAUAGACUGGAGCCACUGAGCCGUAGGCCCAGAAGGGUCUACAGCCACAGAACUGGGCUGCUCAGAGGCACAAUGUGGAUAGAUGUCCACAGGCACUUUUCAGAUGGGACGAAGUCUGCUGCGAUGCGGGAAUGAAAGAAGGGAACUACUGUGUAUCUGGACACAGCUCUCUAAAUAGAGAAUUAUCUAGAAAUACAUUGGUGGUACUAUUUGUAGGAGAUUAGGUGACCUAAAUUGUGCCUUAGAUUGCAAGUGGGUGAUGUAUAAUUCAGGUUUAUAUGGAUUGAUUUAGGUAAGGGACUGAUCCAGUCCAGAGACCAGACAAAAGCACAAUAUGGUCACAGACUGAAGCACUAUGCAAGACUCACAAAAACAGUUGUGCACAAGGCUUCUACAAACUGUUUAAUGCUUGAAUAUGGAAUUUUUUAAAUGCCAUUUAAAUGAUGAACGUAAAAUGUCAGAAUGGUGUAAGCUCUUUAACUUUACUGAGAUGUAUGGGACACAUUGUCCCAUUUGUGUGUUUGCUAUGCGAUCCAAUAAAUUAUUUCUCUAUCUUCAA